AUGGAUUCGGCCUGGUCCGAGAAAGACCUCCCCGGCUACGACGCCCGCAGCGUGCGCAGCGCGUCGACGACCUCCAGCGGGCACACGCACGUGCCGCCCGUGGUGCACUACCAGGCCAACGAGCGCGAUGCCGACCGGUACCGGAACAGCUUCGGCGCCAUCAUCGACACCACCUACAUGCAGCCCGGCGGCGACGACGUGUACGACGCCAAGGCCAAGCUGCUGAACGAGGCCCUCUUGGACAUGGGCAUGGGCCGGUACCAGUGGUUCCUCACCGUCGUGACCGGUCUCGGCUGGUUCCUUGAUAGCUUUUGGAUGUUCUCCUUCGCCUUCAUCCAGCCCGCCGUGCAGAACGAGGCCAAGUUCUACACCAGCAACGCCGCCUUCCUCACCGUGUGCCAGUAUGUCGGCCUCACCGUCGGCGCCUCGGUGCUGCCCAUGGUCUCCGACUUCAUCGGCCGCAAGACCGUCUUCAACUUCUCGCUCGCCCUCAUGUGCGUCGCCGGCCUCGUUGGCGCCGGCAUGCCCACCUUCUCCGGCCUCUGCGUCGUCGCCACCUUCAUGAGCAUUGCCGCCGGAGGCAACCAGGCCGUCGACAGCUCCAUCUUCCUGGAGAUCAUCCCCGCCUCGCACCAGUACCUGUUGACCAUGCAGGGCGCCUACUCGGGCCUGGGCAAGCUGGUCGCCGCUCUUGUCUCUUGGCCUCUGAUGUCCAAGUACUCGUGCGCCGCCGACGCCACGACCGAGACGUGCCACUACGUGAACAACAUGGGCUGGCGCUACGCCUGGUGGACCCUCGGCGCCAUCACCGUCUUCUUCUGCAUCCUCCGCUACUUCUUCACCCUGCACGAGACGCCCAAGUUCCUGCUGGGCCAGAACCGCGACGCCGACGUCGUGGCCACCGUGUCGGCCAUCGCGCAGCACAACGGCCGCCAGACGUGGCUCACGCUCGACGCCUUCCAGCACAUCGAGAAGAUCCACGGCCCGCCGACGCUGCGCGCCACGGCCGCCAACAGCUCCAAGGCGCGCCUCUGCCUGCAGCCGUUCCGGCCCUCGUGGCUGCGCAACGUCUUCUGCACCCGCAACCUGCGCACCAGCACCACGGUCCUCAUCGUCAUCUGGUCGCUCAUCGGCCUCGCCUUCCCGCUGCACGCCGCCUUCGUCGCCCGCUGGCUCGCGGCGCGCCACCCCGCCACCGCCGCCUUCAGCACCAGCCUCACCUUCCAGACGCACGUCUUCACCGCCCUCUGCGCCAUCCCCGGCCCCAUCGUCGCCGGCUUCCUCGUCGAGACGGAGCGCCUCGGCCGCAAGAAGACGGGCGCCGCCGCCACCCUGCUCGCCGGCGUGCUGUCCUUUGCUUACGCCUCGGCCCGCACCAAGGGCGACGUCAUCGCCUGGCAGUGCGUGCUCGCGUUCGCCCAGAACGCCGUCGUCAGCCUCAUGUUCAUGUACGUGUCGGAGACCUUCGCCGCGCCCAUCCGCGGCACCGGCAUGGGCGUCGUCGGCGCCGCCGCCCGCGCGGCCGGCCUCGUCGGAGCGCUCGUCGUGGCGUUUUGCGAGGACAGCGCCAGCAGCGCGCCCGUGUGGGUCGCGAGCGCCUGCUGGAUCGUUGCCGGUGCGCUGUGGUUCGCGCUGCCGUAUGAGAUGCGGGCGAGGGCGUCGAACUAA